UUUACUGUUUGUGAGGUCGCAUGCGGUUGAAAAAAUGGCAGCGCUCGCUACUGGAAGUCCAUAUUUCGUUUCUAUCCGUCGACACUCUGACCGUGAAUAUUUACGCUGAGAACGAAAACAGAGUUAAGUUGAAAUCGAAUCAAAAUGAGUCAAACUGCAGAGUCUGGGAAAGAGGUCGAUGAAAGUAAUGAUGAUCAGGAGGAUUCUUCAUUGUCACAUGAAGAAAAUGUGGAAAGUACGCUGGCUUCGUUCAGAGAAAAAUGGCAGCGAGAACUUGUAAUAUCACCCAAAAAGGAAUCAAACAAACAAGUCACUCAAAUCUCAAGUAGCAUCUCUUCAGAAGGAGAUUCAGCAUCCAUUGAAAAUAAGGCUAAAACCUUAUUUCUUAAAGGUAUAGAGAAUGAGCAAAAUGGCAAACUGUAUGAAGCAAUCCAGUUUUAUAAACGUGCCGUGCAACUCGUACCUGACAUUGAGUUUCGUUUGUAUGAAUCUACGAAACAAAAAACACGAGACAGACUUGAUCCUGAUAACAGCAUAGAAGUACAAGAUAAAGAUCCAGGUAUAGAGAUGGAUGAGGAAGAGGAUAAUGAAGAUGAUGGAGAUUUACUAACUAAAAUAACACGAAUUAUUUGUAAAAAUCAACGUGUUUGUUCUCCGCAAUAUGAGCAAAGUACAACGCAUAUAUCAGCCUUACCAAUGGAGAUAAUAUUAUACAUUCUGAGAUGGGUAGUUUCAUCAGAACUUGAUUUAAGAUCCUUAGAGAUGUUUGCAAAAGUAUGCCGUGGUUUUUUUGUAUCAGCUAGAGAUGCUGAGAUUUGGAGAUUAGCAUGCAUCAGAGCAUGGGGUGUAAAUUGCGGUACGUUUGAGCCUGAGUACAAAUCGUGGAGACAAAUGUUUGUAGAACGUCCAAGACUUCGUUACAAUGGCUGCUACAUCAGUAAAACAUCCUACGUACGUCACGGUGAAAACAGUUUUCAAGAUCAAUUUUAUAGGCCGUGGCAUCUUGUUGAAUACUUCAGGUAUCUCCGCUUCUUCCCAGAGGGUCGAGUCUUAAUGCUAACAUCGGCAGACGAAGCUCAGAGUUGUGUGAAUUCUUUGAAACAACGAAGUCCAAGAAACCCUUCAGUGUUGAUUGGUCAUUACAGGCUUCACCUAAAUUGCGUAAUAUUGGUAUUAAAAAGUCAAGAAACCAAAACAAAUAACAAUGCUUACCGGCGUAGAAGAAGAGAUCCAAUUCACGACAGCGGCGAAAAGACUUUUCACUUGGAAUUUGAGAUUCAAAAUCUUUACAAGAGGGCCAAUUCGCAGCUAGCGUGGAAAACUUACAACAUAUUCACCAAAUACUGGAACGGGCAAGAGAACAGCACAUGCCUAAAUCUCGCGGGAAGUUUGUACCCUGCUUUCAAAUUCAGCCGUGUAAAAAGUUACACCAUGGAAAGUGAAUCACCCUUACAAUAAAUACAUUGAAGUAUUUUUUGAACUCGGUUUUGGUAUGUUGCAAUGUAAUUAUGUAUAAUUAACAAUGGUUAGAUAUCUAAUAGUUGUUCGGGAUCGCGAUAAGUUUCCUCACUUUUCUCUCGAUAUUCUUAAUCGUGAAAUCUGGUAGAAUGACCUAUCGAAUUAAUUUAAUCAUUCAAUCAAGUUGCUGAUUUAUUAUUUAUACGCAUAGUUCAUUUAAACAUGUGUAUUUUGUAUAUAAGAUAUGCAAUUUUAUUCACAUGUACGUACAAAUUAUACGUACAAACGUACAUUUGGGGUGAAAAAUGUAUUAUUUUACUUGUUUCUUACGGAUUCUUCGAUAAAUAUUUAACGUUAUUUUAUAAUAAAUACUUUGCAUAAAAAUUGAUAGUCUUUUCCAUGAGAAUCAGUGGAUAGAUGCCACUGUAUUGUGUUUUGUAUAACAAAACGAACAAUGCAUGUCAUGUUCCUACUCCGAUAAAAGUCCACUUUUUUGGCUGGAGCUUUACCAAUUAUUAACUUUCAUUCAAAACUUGGAGAGUUGA